AUGCACCGUGGGGUGGAUUCGUUCAGGAAACAGUCAUCAGUCGGAUCAGGGAUAGAAUCAGCUCGAGGACAGACUAGGAAACCAGGGGAAAGUGUGUUAUCUAGUACGACAAGGAAAGUUUCAACGCCAGCAAGCGGGAAGAGGAGGCAGAGGUUAGACAGCACAAGUGAGAGCCACAGCGAAAGGAUGCGCAAGGCGUCAUCAACGGGGCAGCCGCCCGCUCAGGGCGUCCCGACCUUUCGAAAGAAGAGUCAAGCUGCGGGAGCCCAAAAGGCGGAAUCCCCAGUGGCACAGCGACCGACUUGGGCCGGACCUUCUCUCAUGGGGCUGAUGGCCGGGAAGAAAUUCGCCAAGAAAUGGGCGUCGAGAUUUUCGACUAAUCGGAAGGCUGCUUCUUCCGAGAGCGGGCAAACAUGGAAUAGCGCGACGAAUGCGAUGCGGCUGGAGCCAACGUAUCGGAUGGAACCUCACAAAAGAUUCAACGACAAGAAAGUCGAAGCAGUGAUAAAGGAAAACCUAGAGCAACGCCUGGAAGGUUUCAAAUACACGCCAAGGCUGGGGCCUAUGAUGAGUAAGAUACUCACGGAGGAGAUAAAGGAGAGUGUGAAAGCUUUAUGUUUUGAUCGGUAUAAGAUCAUUGUUAGCGUCACUAUGGGAGAGAAGAAGAACCAAGGAUUGAGGUUAUCAAGUCGGUGCACAUGGGAUGAACACUUGGACUCGUUUGCCACAUACGUAUUCGAAAAUAGUGACAUUUUCUGUUCGGUAACUGUUUAUGGAGUUUAUUUUGAGUAA